CGCCCGAAAGGAGACACCUGGGCAGAAGUGUGGAGGCGACCUAUAAAUUGCCCGAGGAGUGAAAAGCGAAGUAGUUGUUGGUGCAGCUUGGUACAAAGCAGCCACUAUGUUCAGCAAGGCAGUCCUCGUCGCCUUCGUGGCCCUGUGCUGCACCCAGGCCUUCGUGUCUGCGGCUCCCCACAAUGAGAAGAGCACCUCCCUCAGCACGUAUCAAGGCAGAGACAUCCGCAGGUGCCUCCAGGACUUAGAGGUGGUUUAUUUGGUCGCCAAGGACGGGCUGCGCAUCCUCAGCGAGUUCGGCCAGAUCAUCGGCAACUACGCGCUCGGUUUGACCGACUGCGCUGCCAGAGAUGACGAAAACACCGAGGCUUGCUACAGGUCCGAGCAAGAGGAAAUGGUUGCCAGCUUAGUCGCCUUGGUCGAUGAAGCCCGGAAAGUCGUUAAAAAGGACUUUCCCGUCAUACCCAGCCUCGCCAACCAUUGCUUCGGUUUCCAAUAAUUUCCACACCAACUUACUUUCAACACGUUGAGUCAGAGGUCUCGUAACGAUUUAAACAGCCGCGCUUUUCGUACGAAACUCACGCAACUUAAAGCGAUUCGGUGUUCAAAUUAGUAUGUAAAAUUUCUUGCGCUCAAAACUGUGUAAGUGCGCGUGCAAAUUAAAGAACAAUAUUUUCAAUUAAUAUAUUUGCAUUCUGAUCUUAUCAAUAAAUGUAUGUCCUGCCUGAA